AGACUUGUUUUUCUGCCUGGCAGUUUCCUGGAGCCAAAUGGCUCCUGCCUGCCUGCUUGGGGUCUGCAGCCUCCUCUGCGCCUGGUCAGUGGUGACAGGACACCCCUGCAGCCUUGACCACCAGGGAUGGGCCGACUGCAACGGGAAGAGCCUCCUGCACGCUCCAAGUUCCCUUCCAAGCAACAUCACCGGUUUGGACCUCUCCUUCAACUCCUUGGUCAUGCCCCAUCAUGGGACUCUCUUGAUGAAUUUCCCUUCCCUACGCUCCCUCAACCUCUCUAGCAAUGCCCUGCUGGCUCUGAGAUCAGCGGUCUUCUCCAACCUCAGGGCACUGCGCCUGCUGGACCUGAGCAGCUGCAGCAUUGCCUACCUCCACACGGAUGCUUUCAAGGGACUGGGAAACUUGCACACACUGCUCCUAAGAAACAACAGUCUGCAAGAGCUUGAGGUUGCUUUCUUCCUGCCACUGAAGGCUCUUUUCCACCUGGACCUGCAGCACAACACACUGGUCUCUCUGGACACUCGGAGCUUGCAGCUGAUGGAGGCAGUCCCGCAGGUCCGGCUGGAAGGGAACCCCUGGGUCUGUGACUGCACCGCGCAGCCUCUGCAGCAGUGGCUGCAGCGCAGGCAAGCUGUGCAGGUCACCUGCGCAUCACCCCUGGGGCUGCGGGGCUGGGAGGUUGCAGCUCUGGAUUCCCAGGACCUGGGCUGCCAGAUGAAGCAGCGGUUUCCUCGGGGGCUCAGCACGACACAGCAGAUCACAGUGACCCACAGCAACACCACCACACCGCCCUCCGGGAAGGGGGGAAGGAGCUGGCCGUAUCUGGUGGGCUUCCUGGUGACAGCAAUUGGCAUCUCCAUCCUGAUCGCGCUGGCUGCCAAGUGCAAGCUCUUCCACAAGAACUUUGCCAGCUACCGCCACCGGCCGCUGCCUGAAACCAGCUCGAUCAGAGGCAGCCCCAUGGAGGAUGGCAGCAGCUGGGACAGGGGGGCCAGCGAGAGCCACCCCAUGCCUGGUGCUGCCGACCUGCAAGCUGAGGAUGAUGACGGUUUCAUCGAGGACAACUACAUCCAGCCAAGCGAGCAGCUGCCAGAAGAAGAGGAGCAAGAGUCACACAUCUCCAUCUGA